GUCGAAUGUAACAGUGGGGGCAACAUGUUUGUUGAUACGUAACCAAGUGAAACAUUUUUAGAACAGAAACUCCUCAAUUUUAUGAAGUAGUAACAUUAGUACACCAGUAAUUCGAAAAUAUACGUCAUUAUACAUGUUACAUAUCCAAAUUUUCUUUGCUUAAACGCUGAACGAAGCACAUUUAUUUUGGUGAAAGGAGAUCCACAUUUUUAUUUUAUUCGUCUUUACUACCAUGCCCGAAGUGUCAGCAGAAGUACAAGGUUUAGCAGUAGCUGAAUUAUACACUUCUGACAAAAAUGGAAGUGAUGAAUCUGGAGAUGGUUCAGAAGCAAAGCCAUUCAGAACUAUUCUUCAAGCAAUGCGUCAUGCAGGGAAAGAACCAUUUCCAGUAAUAUAUGUUGAUGCAAAGGUGGAGGGAGAGAAGUAUGAACCUGCUGCUAAAUCUCAGCUUAAGAAAAUCCAGAAGAUAUGGACAAGGGAGGUAUAUAAGAGUACUGAAAAAUCAAACAGGGAAGAUGAAGAUGCAAUAAAACGAGCAACAAAUUUGGAAGAUGCAAAAAAGAUUUGUAUUAAGGAAGACAUAUCUUUGCCCAAAGCAAAACUUAUUAAAAUAGUAGAUGGGAAAGAAAAUCGUGGAGUACGUGUCAAGAUAAAUGGCUGGGUCCAUCGUUUGCGAAGACAAGGGAAGUCACUUAUGUUUAUCACAUUGCGUGAUGGAACAGGCUUUCUGCAGUGUGUUUUGAAUGACCUCCUCUGCCAGACAUAUGAUGCACUUGUACUUUCCACUGAGUCAGCAGUUAGACUGUGUGGAUCUCUUUCAGAAGUACCAGAAGGAAAAAGAGCACCUGGGGGCCAUGAACUACAAGUAGACUUUUGGGAACUGAUUGGUCUGGCACCGGCUGGUGGUGCUGACAACAUUCUGAAUGAAGAAGCACAUCCAGAUGUUCAGUUGGAUAACCGACACAUUAUGAUACGUGGGGAGAAUACAUCUAGAAUUUUGAAAAUGCGAUCGAUAGUGAUGCAAGCAUUCCGUGACCAUUACUUCAGUCGAGGUUAUACUGAAGUCACACCACCAACAUUAGUCCAGACUCAAGUUGAAGGGGGUUCUACUCUCUUUAAGUUGGAUUAUUUUGGGGAAGAAGCAUUUCUAACACAAAGUUCACAGUUGUAUUUGGAAACUUGCUUACCUGCUAUGGGAGAUGUUUUCUGUAUUGCGCAGAGUUACAGAGCAGAACAGAGUCGCACACGUCGACAUCUUGCAGAGUACACUCAUGUGGAGGCAGAGUGCCCAUUCAUCUCUUUUAAUGACCUUUUGGACAGACUUGAAGACCUAAUUUGUGAUGUAGUACAGAGGGUUCUUGAUUCACCAUAUGGUGAAAUUGUCAAAGAACUGAACCCAGGUUUUAAAGCGCCAGAAAAACCAUUCUUACGAAUGAACUACACUGAUGCCAUUGAAUACCUCAGAGAACACAAGAUUUUUAAAGAUGAUGGUUCUGUUUAUGAAUUUGGUGAGGAUAUUCCUGAGAUGCCAGAAAGGAAGAUGACCGAUCAGAUCAACAAACCAAUUAUGCUGUGCCGCUUCCCCGUAGCCAUCAAAUCAUUCUACAUGUCCCGAUGUCCAGAAGACAGUAACCUCACAGAAUCGGUUGAUGUUCUGCUGCCAGGUGUAGGAGAAAUUGUAGGUGGCUCCAUGCGUAUUUGGGAUCACAAUGAAUUGUUAGAAGGGUACAAACGGGAGGGAAUUGAUUCCACCCCUUACUACUGGUAUACAGAUCAGCGUAAAUAUGGCACUUGUCCUCAUGGUGGAUAUGGCUUGGGUCUUGAACGUUUUCUGUGUUGGCUGCUGAAUCGAUAUCACAUCCGAGAAGUCUGCCUGUAUCCCAGGUUUCUUGAGAGAUGUCGGCCAUAAGAUGCCGCUCUGCAGAUGGCUGUAUGUUGUCAGCAGCAUUUUAAUUUUCUUCUAAAAUAAAUUGGUGGUUCCACAGCAUUUCACAGACCUUCUUCCCCAAGGUCAGGACUGUGUUUCUGUUCAUUUUUUCUUUUGUGCUUUUGUUUUUGUGUAGAAAUACAGUAAAUGAUAUAAGAAACAGCUUCUGCAUUGAAUGUGGUCUAAUAGAAAUACAGCAAAUGUUAUAAGAAACAGCUUCUAAAGUAAAUGUAGUCCUACUUCUUAUGUACUCAUGUAUAGGUAUUGCAGUUUGUCACAUAUAUACAUUUGUUCUGUUCAUUUGAAUGGAAUCACGCAAUUGCUUAUUUGCCUCUGGUAUAUUUGUCGCUUGACAUGAAUCUUCAUGUAAUUGAACAGUGUAAUGAGUUUGAAUAAAUAUGAUUGAUAACAGCAUAA